AGGUCUACGUCACGAGCCUCUGCCUCCACCCUGAGUUUUUUUAUUACCUCCUUUUUUUGCAUAAACGUGGCUGUCGCCCUUCAAGCGUCGUACAUCAACCGUGAUGCUUCACAUUUUAAGCGCCGCGCUAUGACGGGCGCUCACACCGGGGAUGUCGAGCCCAUGCCGGGAUACUUGGAGCUCGUCAGCCGAGCCUCUCACGUCAUGCUGAAAUCGUGGAGAGACUGUAGCCAGUGUGGGCUGGAGCUCACAACACGGACUCUCCUUGAUCACGCAUACAUCACCUGGACCGAGAUUGCCCUAUUCUUCUUUUGCGCCUUUUUGUGGACGCAAAUCAGGCGAGGGCUGACAGAAUGUCUGUUCAAGCCUCUGGCACAGUGGUGCAGCUUGCUGCCCAAAGAUGCCGCCAAGAUGCCGGAGAGCGCGUGGAAGCUGGUCUUCUACACCAUGUCGUGGUCCUACACCACCUACCUGCUCUUCUUCACCUCCUACCCCUUUUUCGACAACCCACCGUCUGUCUUCUACAACUGGAAGAGUGGAAUGCCGGUGCCUAUCGACAUUGCCAUUGCCUACCUGAUCCAGGGCAGCUUCUACGGUCACUCCAUCUAUGCCACCGUCUACAUGGACGCCUGGAGGAAGGACUCUGCUGUCAUGGUGGUGCAUCACAUCAUCACCUUGGCGCUUAUCUGCUUCUCCUAUGCCUUCAGGUACCACAAUGUGGGCAUCCUGGUGUUGUUCUUGCAUGACAUCAACGACAUCCAGCUGGAGUUCACCAAGCUCAACAUCUACCUGAAAUCCAGAGGAGGCGGCUAUUUCCUGCUGAACGACGUGCUCGCCAAUAUGGGCUCGGUUAGCUUCAGUAUCACAUGGUUCUGGUUCCGCCUGUACUGGUUUCCCCUGAAAGUACUGUAUGCCACCUGCGUGUCAGUCCCCAACAUUCCAUUCUACUUCUUCUUCAACACUCUGCUCCUCGCUUUGUUGCUCAUGAACAUCUACUGGUUCUUGUUCAUCGUCAUCUUCGUAGUGAAAGUGCUGAAGGUGAAGGAGGUGAAUGACGUCCGGGAGUACGAGGAGGAGGAAGGCGCCAAUGCAGCAGCGGGCCUGCUCCGAAAGCCUCAGGCGGCGGCCAUGAAUCACGGCGGUGAUCACCGCGAUGAUGAUGAUGCUGGACAUCACAACUCUGACGAGGGGAAGCACGUUCAGAACGGCAUCGCCAAGGAGAAGCAUUUAUGAACAGAGCUGCGGCGCCCCCACCAGGAAGGAGGAACACCACCGCCUCCCAAUACACAUGCACACACAAAACAUUUUAAAGUAUUUCCAUGUUGUUUUUAUUCAAGCACUGUGAAUGUUAUCUCGUUGAAGCAGUGAGAAACACACUGUAGGAGGUGUCACAUGUAUCCCCUUCCCCUCAUCUAAUUCCUCGCUUAUUGAUUUCACGCUCAUCACACAGGUCCGCCGUGGCCUCCAUUAGCGACAUUAGUAGUGUGUGAGAGUGGUGAAUGAACGGCGAGCGAAUGGAUGCAGCUUGUUCUUUUUACAACACUUCACCUCAAUUUAACUUGUUAAACCCCCCCCCAUUCCCCUCUCUCCAUCAAUGUGUGUGUGCAUGUGUGUGUGUUGCACUGAUAUGAAGGCCAACAAGCUGACUGCUGCUUUAAUGACGGCAACUAGCUGGAAGUGAUUGACUUGUUUUUUUUUUAAUCGUUUAAUUUUUUUCGUGUGUGUGUGAAAGGACCCACAGAAGAACUGAAAUUAUUUAAGAAAACAAAAAGUAUGCACACGUAUUCAGGAACGCAUGACAUUGGAAUGAUUUUGGGAACAUGUAAUGGUUUUGUUUUUAUAACUAACGCGGGAUCUUCUCGCUAUGUAAUCCGAAUUUUUCUUUGGAAAGGAAUGAAAGCUCCUGCAUGCGAUUUGCACACAAUACAGAGUAGGAAGGGAAGAAAAAAAAAAAAGGUGCGUCAGUACCUCCGACCUUGUCGAUCAACUUUGGGCUCUUGUUUUGAAAACUCAGCAUGUUUGUAGUGCUGGAACGGGGCACACACUUUGUUGUCAUCUUACCUUGUCUCCAUCAUUCCCACGUACGCUACUCAAAACGUUUGGGCGGUAUUCGGCUUCUAGGUAAAAUCUUAAAUGUGAAUUUUACUAUCCCAAUGUCCAGCUAGAGAAAAGCAAAUGACCUGUAGAACCUGUAGAGGUUCUCAUGCAUUUUAAGUUCAACCCAAAAUUUUACCCGAAAGCCAAAUAUCUCCCAAAUUAUGGGUGAAUAGUGUAUGUCAGUGUUUUAGUAUUUUUUUGGGGGGGGGGGAUAUUUGAACUGCUGCUGUUUAAUUUCUCUCUUUUUUUCCCCUCUGAGCACACUGUUCUUAUUCUAUUAUUUUAUUGUAUUGUAUUAUUCUUUCCUGUCUUUUGUUGGACAGUCUGAUGUAAUCAGAUACAAGAGGACCAGAAAAAGCUGACUUUUUUUUUUUUGUUCUCUCGAAUUCACUGUCUAGAUACACAACCACCAUGUCACCUCAUCCAUUUCUCAAGUUGACACUACUGUGUCAUAUUCUGUAACUGACAUGUCAGCUUCUCAGGCUGCUGUGUUAGAAAUAUGUGAGGCAUCUUGUGGCAGUAUUAGCUUAUACAUAUUUUUUGGUUUUGUUUUGUGCAUGUAAUUAAUUCAACUAGUAAAACAGUUAACAACUCCUUGAAGGAAUUAGCCCAGGAAGUGACAUAACUACUUGAAAUGAUUGAUUACAGGAUUUUUUUUUAUAAUUAUUAUUUUUGUUCCUAUACAGUCGAUACAUUCAAUCAAGUGAAAGUGGUUGUGAGAGUCCAAAACACUUCAUGUUCGUCCACUAAGUCGAGAUAUGCGGCACAGAAAAUGGUUGACUGGAAGGAAAAGGCGAAUAAUGUAUUCGGUACCCGAGCAGCGGUGAUUUUUCUCUUUUGUUUGACUCCAACUGAUUGAAAUCAAAGCUUUGAUUGUGCCAAAAUGUCCACUUGUAAUAAUGACUAAUCAGAAAUGGGAAGGUUGCAUGUCAGGCUGAAAGCCAUGCAAGGUCUUUGUUGUUUUACUAAAAAAAGAAAAUAAUUGCACUGUAAUUUAUGAGCAUUUUUAAUGUUUUUUAGUUAGAUCGAUAGCAGAAAAGGGAAGGGUGAAUUAGGGUAUUUUUAAGAGCCUUUUAUGAUGUUGGGAUGAAAUAUUGUAUUUUAAUCAUUCAUUUUUGGAUGACUGAUACACAGACCAUGGAAAACUUAAUUGCCCGCAAUGCAACCACUUCCUCUUUUAUAGAGCAUUCUAAUUUGUUUUUGGUUUAUUCCCUAAAAUAAAAAGGUGUCAAGUAAGAAAAAAAAAAAGGUAUUUUGUCAUUUAUUUUGCAAAGAUCAUUAUUUGGGUGCACCAAUGACUAAUAAAUUGUAAUUAAAGUGCUGAAAUACUACCUUCAUUUAAAUAUCCAAUUCUGGCUUUAAAGCCUGAUUUGGUAGUAUACUCUAAAAUGCUUAAUAUUAAAAAGAAAAAGUUCAUAUCACUAUGUACCUUUUCAUCUCGAUUUCUUUUGGUUUAGUCAGUAGAAAAACAACACGUUAUUUCAUUUAUUUUUUUAAUCACUUUUUUUCCUUUUUUGCAAAGAUAAUUAUUCAAGUUCCACCAAUGUUCAAUAAAUUAAUUGUCAUGAAAGUGGGGCUUUUGAUUUGUGAAAGAACAAGUCAUGCAGAAAUAAACACGCAAAAAAAAAAACCACACAUGUAGAUCACAGUUUAAAAAAAAAAAAUCUCAAGAUUUAGCUUUUCAGCAGCCAGCGGUGCAUUUAAGACUAAAACCCCAGCCUCCCACUUUGUGUGCUUGUGCCCACUUUCCACAUGUGAACUUCGAAGUUAGCCGCAAUCAGCAAAA